ACUAUCGAGGAAAAAAGGGUAAUUCCCUUUAGUUUUAAAACACAAAAGCAGGAAGGCGCUCACGGGCAGAGUUUAUUGCAUCUCUGCAACGAAAAACCAAACGAGGAAGAAAGAAGAAGAAAAGAAUAUUGUCCACAAUGGAUUAUCAGCCAAUGGUUGUCACUCAGCCACAGGUGGUGGUAGCAAUCCAGUCCAACAGGACCUAUUGGCAAACGGACUUAUGUGACUGCUGUAGCGACUGUGGAGUCUGUCUCUGUGGAAUGUUCUGCUUCCCUUGUUUGGCAGGCCAGGUUGCUUCAGAUAUGAAUGAAUGUUGUUGCUGUGGUGCAACUGUGGCCAUGCGAGCUGUCUACAGGACAAAAUACAAUAUCCCUGGAUCCAUCUGUGGGGAUACCUGUAUUGUGGGGUGUUGCCCCGUUCUUUCUCUCUGCCAAAUCCGGAGAGAUAUCAAAAGAAGGAAACAAAUGGGGAUAUUCUAGAAGACUUCAUCCUAAGCUCCUUUACAUUUGCCCUUUUUUCAUUAGAAUUCUGAGAAGUAAGAUGCACUAAAGUAGUUUGUAGGAAGUACCAUUAUUUAGAAGGUACCCUUGCUUUAUAGUUCUAAGCAUACUACUCUUAACCCAGAAAUUACAUUUUUUAGCACUAAUUCAGAGCUCAAAAUCCACACAAAAACUUGCUCUUCUUUGUCCUGUCCUUGUCUUUGCUUGUUCUUCCCAUUUCUUUUAAAAUUGAAAACAACAUAGUUUACUAGCUAAAGCAAUCAGAUAACACUAGUUUUUCUUAAGAUGGUGCUCGCCACAUAUGCUGCUUUUGAUCUCUUUUAAUUCAAAGGUGUGAUGGCUGGGAAUCACAAUAGUUCUAGUCAUCCACCUCUGGAGAGCAAGAGCUUUCAGGUAGGUUAGUUAUGGCUCAUUUUACCUUAUAUUCUCCAGUUACUACAUUUUGCAAACCAAAAUCCCCAGUCACUUUAAAACAGGAAGGGGAGAAUGGUAGACCCACCGAUAAAUCUUCAAAGGUCUAGCAGGGUUGGUUUUUUAAAUUCUUAAUUGUUUAAUAGCAGCAGCAACCAAAAUGUUUUGUUCUUACUCUCCUACAGUAGCUAAUGAUACAAACUUUCCUAAUGCUGGUGUGCAAAACUGCCAGCCAAGCUGGAGGGAGGAAUCAAGUGAGGGCCUAACGUGGAGUCCUUGAGCAGCCACAAGCGUAUAAGCUUCACCUCCCAUACAAUCAACGAAGCCUUAUCUGGCUAUUCCCAUGGGAAUACAUGCUGUCUGAUGAGAUUCUUGUAAUAUAGGAUGUAGGCAAUAUAAAGUUUUGACGUUCAUUAUUCAUUAGUGGCUCCAGAUGGUUACACCUGACAGCCUGAUACUGUCUGUCCCUUUACACAACUACCAUGGAGUUUCAUUUCUCUGAGACAGUCAUAUCUCACAGUAAAAUUAAAGCUCCUUUAAUUUAAAAUUCUUCCCAGGACGAUGUGUUCUAGACUACUACAUUUAUCAACAUCAGAACACUGAAGUGGUAUGCAGAUGUUAAAAUUGUAUGUUUCCUGAGGUAUUCUCCA